AUGGCCUCGAUUCUGCGAUCGAGCAAAUUUGUGCGCUAUUUCGCCGGCUUUGCGCGAAAUGUGGUUUUCAAUACAGCUCGGGAAACCGAAAGCAGCCUCGUGCAGCAAACGCAAUGUCUGUGCGGUAAUUUCACAAGUGGGUUUGCAACGGCUGCAGCAAGCAGUAAAAGUGGACUGGAUCGUUCGUUGAAGCGUUUGGACGAAGAUGUGCGCAGAUCGGGUCGAAUAUCACGGCGCGAUCUGGAGGAGGUGUUGGAGGAGAUUCGCACCAAUCGCUCGGCUAGUAGUGCUCAGUCGCUUCUGGUUAUCCGGUGUUGUGGCAAUCUGGUUCCAGAAGAGCUUCCAGAAGUGCGCACGGCUUUGGUGCAAGAGAUAUGGAAAACCUUGAAGCGGCUGAACGUGGCCAUGGACGUGUCCCAUUACAAUGCUCUGUUGCGUGUGUAUCUGGACAACGAGCAUCCCUUUUCUCCGACGGAAUUUUUGGCCGAACUUCAAUCGAACGGCAUCGAACCAAACCGAGUCACGUUCCAGCGGCUAAUCUCGCGCUACUGCCAGCAGGGCAACAUCGAAGGUGCCACCAAAAUAUUGGAGUACAUGCGCGAGAAGCAGCUGCCGGUGAAUGAGUAUGUGUUUAACGCGCUCAUUAUGGGUCACUCGCAGGCGGAUGAUCUUGAGUCGUCCACUGGCAUCCUGGCGGUGAUGUCGCAAGCUGGGCUGCAACCUUCGGCCGAUACUUACACUACUCUGUUGUGCGGUUACGCACGUAAAGGCGAUAUUGAGUACAUUACAAAAACGAUCGACAGUUGCGAGCAGAAGGAAAUCUUCCUCCUCGACAAAGACCUUCUGGAAAUUGUGUAUGCGCUCGCCACGAACGGCCACCCGGAAAAGGUGGAUCCGUUGCUGGAGCGAAUUCGGCGCCAGGCAGGUUACAACCAGGAUGCGGUUAAUGUGAUUUUGCGUCUUAUCAACAAUGGCCAGGAAGAGGUGGGCUUGAAGUUGCUGCGUACAAUGCCACGGGCAGCGAAAAACGACGGCGAACUGGCCAACACAGGGAGCUUUUUGAUACGACAGCUGGUGCGGGCGCAGCGGCCUUCUGAACGUUUGAUUGCCAUAUGUCGAGAGCUGCAGGAAGGUGGCAUGAACGAUCGAGCCCUACUGAUCGCACUAGAGACAGCACUUAAGAGUGGUGCGGUUGAGACAAGUUUCGCGUUGCUUGAGGAACUGGUUGCCCAGCAGCAACCGAUUCGGCAACACUUUUUCUGGCCCCUUCUGUGUGCCAACAGCACGAAGAUGUCGAAGGAAGCGCGCACGGAGCAAGUGCUGCAGGUUUUGCGGCAGAUGAGCGAAAAGUUCAACCUCAAUCCGAGCAGCGAAACGAUCCGCGAAUAUGCUGUUCCCAAUCUUCCGGUAACCAACAGCGAGCUCAGCAUCCAGUUGCUCCGAAGUGCCGGUAUUUCGCCAGCAGUAGCCAGCAGCAGUUGUGCGUACUAUGCUCUGGAGAGCAACAAACUAAAAGAAGCCGCCAAUAUUGCUUCGCGCUACCGUGCGUACUAUCCUCCGGGAGUUUUCCGGAAGCCGUUAGUGCAGGCUUUUCAUCAAACACGAGACUACGAUUCUUACGUACGCUUCUCGCGAGCCCUUUACGAUGGGCUCAAGCGAUCGCGCACGUUGGAGGAAGAGAAUGAUCAGCAAAGCGGUAGCGGAAGCACCAGUAUCGAAGCACUGCAGGCAGAUACAUUGGGUUGCAUGAUCUAUGAUGUCCUGACAACGUUUAAAAGCGAACGAACCGAAGCAAUACAACGCAUUCUUACCGGUUUUGUUAAUCAGGGCCUGUCAAUCAGUGGUGCAAUGGCAGAGAAAAUUCAGGAACGUAUGGGCAGUGAGAUGACGGCAGAAAUAUCAUCGAUGCUCUCGAAGCUCGCUGCCGGGGAUCUUGAGCCAAUCGAAGUGGAACGCCCAGUGGCUGGAGGAUCAUUCCGUCAGAGGCCACCGUCGGCUAAUUUGUCCGUGCCUCAGCUGGAGCGCUUGAUCGGCGAGCUGGAGAGUCGUAAGGAGAAUGCGAAUGGGUUGAAAUCGCAAUUGAUUCGCGCAGCCGUUCGAUCGAACGAUACGGCCAAAGUGAGUGAAGUGCUGCAGAAGUUGGAGAGUGAAAACUACGUCGUAAGUCCAGGCAUUUACGGACAGAUGAUUGAACUGUACGCCACCAGUGGCAAGCUCGAGGAGGCGUUCGAUUUGCUGCAGCGCGUAAAAGCCAAACAGCCCGACUUUGUGCUCGAUCGGAUUAAGGUUGUACGUGUUGCCCAAGGGCUGUUGGAAGCGGAACGUUUCGAGGAUGCGCUACGUUUCUUACAGGACAAUGCUCCACAGGAAGUAGCACAAAGUGUGGAUGCGGAGCAAACGGAAGAGGUGGAUUUCGUGUACAAUAGUGCAUGCUGGCGGUUGCUGAACAUUCUCGCCGAAAAGGGUAACGUACAGCAAGUUGGCGCCCUGUUCGAUCAUCUGAUCACGCAGCGCUUCAUCAAACCGCAGAACAUUUUCCUCGGCUCUCUGAUCAAAGUGCACCUGGUGCGUGAUGAUCUGCCGAGUGCAAUGAAUGCAUUCGAGCAGAUCUGCAACCAGCAUCAUAUGACGCCAUGGAAAACGGACCUGACCUGUCGGUUGAUACAAGCCGAAGAUGCCGCCAACUUGCAGCGUCUGACGGAUCUAAGCACAGAGGUACACGGCGAGGUUAACAGCUUGUAUGAUCUUGUGUUUGCAUUCGUCGAUUGUGGUCGCAUUCGGCAAGCGAGAAAAAUUCUCGAAACUCCUGGGUUGCGUACGCGAUACCAGCGUAUUCAGUCGGCUUGCGAACGGUACCAGCAAGAAGGUAAAACGGCCAGUCUGGAAGGACUGAUGGAAGCGACCAAGGACCUUAACCAUAUCGAUCGCAGCGAAAUCUAUCACAAAUUGCUGCAAAGCUACAUCACCGAACGAGAUGCGGACAAAUCGCUCGGACUUUGGACACGAAUGCAGGAGGAAAAUGUCGCACCUUCCGACGCUUUUCUUGCCGAACUGGGCGGAUUUUUGAGUUCAAACGGUUACGAAGUACCGUUUGCCGUGCCCGAUCUAAAAGAAUCUAGAUCUUCGACAACGCAGAAAGUCGGUGGCACUCCGCAAGCCCAAAGUGCUGCCCCUCCGAAACGUGCCCAACCCGUGCUGUCGGCACCUCUACGGGAAUUUAAGCAAGCGAUCAAAUCACAUAAUCUGGACCGCAUUCUAGACGCGUAUGAAAAGGUGGAUUCCAGAGAAAAACUGAACCUUACGGAGCAAUCGGCCGUCAUCGACGCCCUGAUUAAUCGCGACCGUCUCACAGAAGCCACGAAGCUGGUGAUGAAUAUCCUGGAGCAGAAACUUUUCCCCAUUCCGCGCACGUUCAAAUUUUUCCUCAACAAACUGGCCCUGACGGGAGAUGUGGAGACGUUUGAUCGUAUCUCAUCCCUCAUCUCCGAUGACCUGAAACGACAGGUUUCGUUCGAUAAUCGACUUUGUCACGCCAACGUAGCCGGUGGUAACGCUGAUCAGUACCUGCGGCGCUUGGAGCAAGAAGCUGAGAAGAUUAAGGACAAGGAAGAAGCUGUUGUGGCGGUGAAACACUUCCCAGUGGGUGGUGCUUCUUGCAUUCUCACGGAACGUCCGGAACUGCACGAUCGUUACAUGCGUCUGGCUGAAAGUUACGCCAAGUGGAACCUGCUAGCACCGAUCAAUGCCCUCUGGAUACACUACUUUAUCGCCGGCGAAAUGGAGAAAGCGCGCACGGUUUGGGAUCAACAUCUGGCCCCCAGUCCACGCAUAAUGUUCCAGAAGGUGAUUCAAGUGGCACGCGACACCAAGAACGAUGCAAUGUGCCGGCGUUUGCUCGACCAUUUGCAGGGCUCGAAGGUGUCGGAGAAGGGCAAGGGUUUGAUCUACAGUUGCCUGAUUGACACACUUGUCGCGAAGCAACAACCGGAAGAGGCUUUGGCUGCGCUGGAAGCUGGACUGAAGGAAACUUGUCUCGAGAAUGUUAACCGAACGGCUCUGCGGCGUUUGAGCGAUGCCCUGGCGGCGAAGGGUAAAGCUUUCCCCCACACCAUUCCGGCGCGGAAUACCAAGGCACAGGAACCAUCGUCCACUAGCAGCAGCGACAGCGACAGCGAGAGCAGUAGCGACGAGGAGGCGAAAAAGCGAGUGACACAACCCGACAGCACCAAGCCAGUGAGCGAAAAACCAGCUUAAGUGCUGACCCCUCGAACGUUAGUGUGAAUUUAAGUGUUUAAGAGUAAGUAACCAACCAAACAGAAAGCCAGUCACCAUUAGACGGAAGAACGCAUAUGAGUCGAAUGAACGAUAGUUUUGAAUUUCUUAGAAGCGCAAUUGGUGUGCCCAUUGAAACAGUAUCCAGUGGAGUAGAGUUUAAUAA